AUGAAGGGUCAAGGGAUUUGUGUGUUGCCAAUUAUGGCUGGUUGUCGAAAAGACAUAGAUAGGCUUCUGAAGAUGUAUAAAGAAAAGGAAACAUUGCGAUAUAAGCCGUUCGUGGAAAUAUUCGAAAAACUAAAGUUCCAUACGAUUUUUAUGGGAAGAAUAAGUUCGGCUGAAUUGGUUGAGUUUAGUGAGAAGCUUCUUCAGUUAGCUAUAUCGUAUGCAAUGUGUUAUCAGGCUGUUCAACCCGCUGCAUAUACGGUGCAAAGUCAGGGAAGUUCUCACUAUACAUCUGCUACUGAUAUUAAUUUCAAUAACGAAAUGACUUUACAGGAUAGAGUGUUUGGCAUAUAUUUAACAUAUUCUUUGUAUUUUGUGCAGUCAGAUAAAUAUUUGGCUCAAAUUCUCAUAACGCCCGAUCAAGUGAAUGAUCUUCAGGAAUUUCUGCAAGAUCGACUUAUUCCCGAACGGCAUAUUGAUGCUUUUACAGCUCUUUACAAACUUAUUAGUGGUGGUGCAUUUCGAAUUUGCGCUUUUGAAAAUGAAUAUAAUCCUUUAAACUGUCGUCGUUAUGACCAUUCUAAUUUACUGGAAGGAUUAGUAGAUGAAUCCCAACCAGAUAACUGCAGCUUACUUCGUGCGUUUGGUGAAGAUGUUGUAUUAACUCAAGCAGAUUUAAUAAGCAAAAGAUACUUGGCCGCGAAACAAAAAUCAAAAUUAACUGAUAAGCUGGGUCUUAAUUUUGUAACGUCUAAUGUUUCACAAAUCUAUUCCUUAAUUUUAAAAGCCAAUGAAGAAGCAUCGCCCAAUGACGAAGAAGAAAUUACACGGUCUCGCCGUUUGUCGGGUCGUUUUCGUUCGGCUAUUAAAGAAAAAGCGUAUAAGUCGCAUGCACUCACUGCUCGUCAACGACGUCUAAGAAUGCGAUCAUCUAAAACAAAUAGCGAAGCAAAUGAAUCCGUAAUAUCAGCUGCAACAUCUGACUCUGUAAGCUUUUUAUAUUAA